CCGGAGCCGCAGCGACCGCGCGUCGAGCUCGUCGACGGCGCUCCGGCCCUCGGCCUCCAUCCGUUUCCCGAUCGCGACCGCUGCGGCGAGGUCGGAGUCGCCGAUCUGCGAGAUCGCCGAGCCCCGCUUCCGGUCGAGGCACUCGUACCAGCACUUCCCGAAGGCGUUGUCGAGCAUCACCCGCAUGAAGCAGUGGUCGAAGCGGAUCGGCCACUUCUCCUCUUUGGCGCGCGCCGGGAGCGCGACCUUCGCGAGGCGCGUAUACUCCGCCACCAACUCGUCGCGCGACUGCGGAGGCGGUGCCGAGGCGUCGGACCGCGCGCGCUUCGCCCGCGGCUUCGCGGCCGGCUCGACGAGGUCGCCGUGGCACUCGGCCAGGACGACGUCCGUGCCGCGCACGCGCCGGUAGAGCACCCAGCGGUCCCCCUGCUUUUUCGGGAAGACAUAGUCCACGCCGAGCUCCGGCGGCGUCGCGUCCCAGCCCUUCUCCGAGUAGUACUCGGGCUUCUUGACGAGGAGCUGGGCGCGCUGCGCCGCGUGGAAGCGCUCGUCGCCCAACCAGGGAGGCAUCUCGACCUCCGUCGGCACCGACGCGCGCUGCAUCGUCGGACCGUUGACGAAGCCCCGUGCCUCGUAGGCGUCGAGGCAGGCGUUGUAGUACGCGGCCAAUGCGUCGCGGUAGCCUUUCCACAUGCGCGCGGCGCCGUAGGCGCGCAGGUCGAAGCCUCUGUUUUCCAACCACUCGAGCACGAACCGCGCUUCCGUGCGCUGGUUCUGCAACCGCUUCGUGUCGAGAGCUUCGGCCGAGGCUUUAAAGUCCGCGAAGGGCAGGAAGGUCAUCAUUUUGCUUGUUGUCAGAGUGUUGUCACCUCACGAGUGCAGCCAAAAAAACUAUUGUGUCAGCAGCGGUGUUAUCACCUCACGAGUCCUGCAGCGACACAAAUGCAGGCCUGCAGCAGUGUUCCUACUCACGUGCGGCACUCCACACGACGCCUGCGGCGCCAACAAGUCCUUCGUGAUGCA